AUGGAACCGACUCUGACCCAACCAGCGGAACUCGAAGAUGUCUCGCACUUCCACGAGGUAACCGAGCGGCACGUCAUCCGCAAGCUCGACUACAUCCUCCUGCCGUUCCUCUCGCUGCUCUUCCUCCUCAACUCGCUGGAUCGCUCCAACAUCGGAAAUGCCGAGACGGCGCACUUCACCCGCGAUGCGGGACUGGAUCCGAAAGAUCUCAAUACCGCCGUGGCGUGUUUCUUUGCUUUCUUCGUUGCGCUGCAGCCCGUUGGAGCAGCUGCGGGAAGGAAGUUUGGUAUGGGCAGAUGGGUUCCGGCCGUGAUGGCACUGUGGGGACUGUUUACGAUGCUUCAUAUUUGGAUCAGUAAGAGGUGGCAGUUGAUUACGGUUAGGAUCUUGAUUGGGUGUCUUGAAGCGGGCUUUUACCCAACUACGGUCUCUUACUUAUCUCUUUUCUAUACUCGUUACGAGUUUGCUCGCCGUCUUGGUCUGUUCUAUGGUCAGUACGCGGUGGCCGGAGCGCUUGGUGGCUUUCUUGCUUUCGUGGUCUUCUAUUGCUUUCCGCCAGAUGAUAGAACCGAUGCCGGAAGUCUUCCCUCAGGCGGCUGGAGACCAUGGCAGACACUGUUUUUGAUAGAAGGUGCCUUGACGAUGCUUGUUGCUUUGAUUGGCUUCUUUUGGCUACCAAGGAGUCCGGGCACUGCGUGGUUUCUUAAUAGGGAAGAGCGCAUAUUGGCAGAUGAGCGCAUUCGCAUUGAUCGUGAUGGUUUGGAGCAAUUCCAUUACAAAGAGCCUUCCGAUUCUGAGGCCUCCACUGGGCAUGAACAGCUCACACACCUCCGGCCUUCUUCAGACGAAGAGGAGAGCCGUCUUCUCGCAUCACACUCUACGAGUCAACAUACGGUGACGAGCAAAGAUGUGACUUCUGAUAGCGGAUUGUCAAAGACUGACAUCCUAUCGUCGAUCCUACUACUCCCCCUGAUUGGUCCCAUUCUCAUACUUAACAUUGCAUCCGCCAUUCCAGGAACCUCUUUCUCUAUAUUCCUUCCCCUCGUCGUGGAAUCCCUCAACCUGUCCUCCCCUCUGUACAGCAACUUGCUGACUGUACCUCCAUUCCUGAUCGCAGCGGUGACGCUCUAUCUGUUCUCCAAGGGAAGUGAUAGAUCCCAGCAGCGCAUCUUGCCCAUUCUCUGCGGCCUUGGUCUCAUCGCUCUGGGUCUGAUCAUGACUUUGGUCAUGUCCUUCACGUCCUCAUCCUCGGUGCCUAACAAGGCGUUGGCCCAGUAUCUCUCGCUCUGCUUGCUCCUCAGUGGUAGUUUUGUCCCCAGCCCCCUCACUGUGGCUUGGUUGUCUGGCAACAUUCCUCAGCCAGGCAAGAGAGCGAUUAUUCUUGGUGUUAAUGGUUGGGGUAACCUUGCCGGCGUCCUUGCUGCCUUGCUUUUCGCACCUCGUUGGCGCGGCAAUGAGUAUCGCGUGCCGCUGUUCGUCACCUUGGGCUUCGUGGUUUUCAGCUUCCUGGGGUUCCUUGGUUUGGAGUUUAUGUUAAUUCGGCUCAAUGCAGCGCGCGUCAAAGCCAGCAAGUCGGAGGAUCUGCGCAGCGACCAAGAUCACCACGGAGCGGACGAAUCUUUAAUGGAAAACAUUCCGAGCGCUGCAGUGAUUGGAGGAUCCUGGUGGGAUACGACAAUCCGACACUGGGUUGGAGAGAGGCUCUUGCGGAUGAGUCGAGAAGAAGCUUUCCUACGGAGAGGUGACGAGGCAAUCACGUUUACAUAUGGGUUAUGA